AUGGCGCCGACUAGCUCUGCGAUUUCUGGCUUGCUCAAGCAGACCAUUUAUUACCACCUUGACAAUAUCUCAUAUCAAAACGCCCUCUUCUUCGCCGAAAGGCUGCACGCCCACGAUCAGCGCUCUCCCGAGUCCGCGUACCUUCUCGCACUUUCUCACCUCCGUCUCGGCGAUCUCCGUUCCGCGUACGAAAUCAGCAAAUCCUCAGGGUGUCGCGGGGCUCAUCUCGGAUGCUCCUUUGUGUUCGCGCAGUCAUGCCUGGAUCUGGACCGGUACAAGGACGGGAUCGCAGCGCUAGAGAAGGCCCGACCCUUGUGGGCAACAAAGUGCAGCAUCGGGAAACAUACGACCUCCGGACGAUCGCCAUAUCCUGACGCCGCUGCCGUUAACUGCCUCUUAGGCAAGUUGUACCGGGGCUACGAUGAUAAGAAGCGAGCCGUCUCUUGUUUCGAGGACGCGCUGAGGGCGAAUCCCUUCAUGUGGGAUGCCUUCACUAUUCUCUGCGACAUGGGCGUUAAUGUGAUGGUACCAAACAUCUUCAAACUUAAUGACAACUUUUCUCGCAGUUUUGAUCACGAACCAGAUGCGACUAAUCCCGACUCUGGUGGCGGCCCCGUGGAUCCGCUGCAGCGUAAGACUGGUAUUCAGGGCGCUGGGCACGACAGCGAUCCGUUUGGGGGGCAUCGGUCCACAGCAUUCCAAGACGUUUCGAGUAAUAACAUGUUGUUUGUCGACCCGGGCGAGAACGACAACAGUUCGAGGCCGGUUGCCUCCCAUUCGAGAUUUGGAUCGAACCGACAUGGCACGGACAGCAUGGAAACCCCGACCGGCUCUGUGCCUGUCCCGGAAGCACAGGCUCCUCGUGCAGCUUUCCCCUCCGAACCCCCGUUAGCCCCGUCUCGUCGAACACGCGGUGCUCAAGCAGCGGAGCCCGCCUUCCUCGACGCCCCGCCCAAGAUGAGCUACCGCCUGGGGGCAAGGAAGCGGGAGAAGGCCCAGGAUCCCAUGGGGGACAACUCGACGGAGCCACCUGCACGAGGUGCUGCGUUAUCCCAGGCCAUCACGGAAAGGAAACGUACGGCUUCGGGACACCCCGUUCAGCCGCGCCCAAACAACAGUGAAGAACCGCGGAGGAGCGCCCGGUUAAAUGUAGCUCCAAGGACGACAUCGAGGGCCAACACCACUGUCAACGCAACAGGCGCGACUGCUACUCGAGAGUUGAAGAAGGCUAGGCCCCCAAUUUCAAGGAUUGGUCGCCCUGGCUCCAGCGGAGCCACCGUUGGUCGAGUCGUGAGCGGGAAUCGAAAGCCACUGGAAGAGAACAUUAUGGAUGUUGACGAAGUGCCAAGAGCCAAGGAAUCGUCCGCUGCGCUGGCUUUACCUCCAAGACAAACCGAAUCCGAGCAGAUCAAAACUGAGGAGGGGUUGAGGUGGAUCCUGGAUUUCUUGAAAAAGAUUGCUUCCGGAUACCGACUUUCAUCCCAGUUUCAAUGCCAAGAAGCGUUGACUGCGUUCUCAUCACUCCCUCGGGCCCACCAGGACACACCAUGGGUGUUGGCCAGGAUGGCGAAAGCCCAUUACGAAUUGGCCAAUUAUGCCGACGCCGAACGGUUCUUCAAGCGGCUGCGCAUACUCGCCCCGACACGUCUGGAGGAUAUGGAGGUGUACUCCACGGUGCUCUGGCAACUCAGGAAGACGACGGAUCUCUCAUUCCUCGCACAUGAGCUGAUUGAGAUGGAUUGGGAAUCGCCGCAAGCUUGGUGCGUGAUGGGGAACGCGUUUUCCUUGGACAGCGAUCACGAGCAGGCCUUACAAUGUUUCAAGCGUGCCAUUCAUCUUGAUCCUAAGUUCGCAUAUGCGUACACUUUGCAAGGGCACGAGCACGUUGAGAAUGAGGAGUAUGACAAAGCGCUUGUGUCAUAUCGGCGUUCGAUCGCAGCGGACAAGCGACAUUACAACGCCUACUACGGCAUCGGCAAGGUUUACGAGAAGUUAGGGAGUUACGACAAGGCCUUGAGCCACUACCACGCGGCACUGGUGAUUCACCCGACACACGCUGUACUGAUCUGUUGCUUAGGCACGGUGCUGCACAGGCAAAAACAGAUUGUCCAGGCGCUGCCAUAUUUCGUCAAGGCGGUCGAGCUGGCCCCUCGGGCGCCCGAGAUGCGGAGCAAGAAGGCCGGCGCAUUGCUAGCCACGGGGCAGCUGGAAGAGGCGAAGCGGGAACUGAUGAUUUUGAGGGAUGUGGCACCGAAUAAUGCCCAGGUCCACUUCCUGCUGGCCAAACUUGCGAAGACUCUCGGGGAUAAGAGGACAGCAGCCAGCGGCGAGAUUAAAAACGAGAUUGGGGGGCUCGAGGAGGAUGAGGGUUUAGACGAUUCUAUGAUGCAGUGA